AUGACUUUACCACCAAUUCAAGGCCUUGUCAAGAUCGACUCAUACUGCGUCCAGGACUUUGGCAAGCUCUGCCGCUCGUGCGGCAACUGCAGCUCCCAGACUAAGCGUCAGGUACAAAUCAGCCAGGUGAUUGCCAAGAACGGAAAACUCCUUGCUGGUGUCAACUCGAAUUAUGGCGAUGUCGCGACUAUUGAUACCAAGUCGAACUCCUACACAAGCGUCAAGUCGAUUUGCGACACGUUCCAGGGUAACAGCAGCGGCAAAGAACCCACCACUCUGACCAAGAAUCAGUCCAACUCCAACUGUAAGUUCCGAAGGCAAUUGUUUGAGCCGAACUUCUCAGGGUUGGCCGAACUCGGCGUUGUAUUUGACUUUACUCAUAGUUUACCGAAUAUGACCUCAUUUACUCAUUACACAUCGUUCGAUACAACUCUGAACGUCUCAGAGCCUCGAGUACUUCAAGCACUUGUUACAUACUUGUUUGAAGCCAAUAACACUUCUUGA